GUCACAACAUGUAAGGGCAUCCAUCAUUCCAGCUUCAACAAGAGACAGCUGUGAUAAAAGUAGUUAUUGAAAGGUUUCUGACAGCAUUAGGUAGGGGAUAACUAGGUACUAGAUGUAACAUAUAUUUGGUGGCUAUUAGCCAUUGGAGUAUUGUGCAUUCCUCAUUCCUGAGAGGUCUCACAGUCACACCAUUCCUCGAACAGCACAUAGACACAAUAGACUACUAAUAUAUGGCCGUCGAACAGUCCUAAUGUUUAUUUCCAAACAAAAAGUAACAGGAUAACAGGUUGUCAUAACAAUGUCAACCCACCCCCCAUUUAAUAAACAGGAUGUCUGAGAGCACAAAGAGCAGCGCUUGAAUAGUGUGAAUGUCUCUUAUUAGCACGUUGCCUGAACUCUUAGUAAAGAUCUAAAUAAACUACAGAUCUACAGGUUCUUUUAAUGAAAAGUGGCAUCUGAGGUCAAGAACUUUUAGCAGUGAGUUUUUUGAACAGUGGUCAUUUGGUCCAUCAGCGACAAUACAGUUACUGUGUUUUCACACACAACUGUCUAAUUGCAACAUGACACCCGCCAACACCAACAUACAGAAGGCGACAACAUUUCUUUUUCUGUUCUGAGGGGGUGGGGAGCGACUGGGCCAUGUGAAAGGUGCAAGAGACCCUCUGUUAGAGCAGUUGUGCUGCUAGAGAAAUGUGAAAGAGACCCACGGAUACAAAGAACAUGGAAAUCAGGAAUGAACAGGAUUUUCUUUCUCUUGGAUGCAAGGAGUAAACGGAAGUUGUUGGCUGUGAGAACAUAAAGGCGGAGUGCAGAUCCCGGAAAGAUACAGAUCAGAGGAGAGCUAGGCCGUGAAAAACUCUUGAAGGACACAGAGUGUAAGAAACGGAAACUACUAAAGUAGCACAUGCCAAUUUUAUACCUGGAUUGAAUGCAACAAUAUAUGUGACUGUAAUUACAGAAGCAUAUCUACAACAUACAUUGCCAGAAAAGUGAUUCCAGUGAAUGAGAACACCCUUUUUCGAACAGUUAACUGAAAAACACACUUGCAUUGGUCAUUGGACAAGCUUACAUAAAUUGUGAAUUUUUUUUACAUUUACAUCAGGGGAAUUUUACAACACCAACACACUGCAGCAGUCACUGAGGAAGUUUUGUUGGAUUCUGAAAGAGACUGGACUUUAACAGCAACCAAUCUAUAUUAUCUGUAAUUUGCUGGUGUAGUCAAGGAAACGAUACAAAUGUUUCUAAUCUCUAUCCUUGUGGUCAUUACUGACCUGGCAGCUGGACUUCUUGGCAAUGCAUCAUUUCGACGUCAUUUUCAUUUGUUGCUGUCAGCAUUGCUUUUGUUUGGGCCCCUCCUGAGCCUAUGGGUUUCCCAUUAUAGUGUCUUUGCAAAGAGGACUCACUUUCUCUACAGGGUAUUCCUGCGCUCAGGUUGGGGCUGGACCUGCAUCUUUGUUGGCUCUUUUGUCUUCGUCCUGUCUUUCUCAGUUCGUCGCUCACUCACACUUUCCUUGCGACACCUUUCUCGGCUAGUUGUGGCAGGUGGACUGUGGCUGGGCUUUCGCAAACUGCUUUGUCUGUUGGAAAAUGCCACUGGGAGCUGCUAUGAGCCCCUCAGGUCCACUCUUGAGUUGGCUUCAGGGACCAAUGGAGAUCAACCUUUACUGCUUUUACGAGAAGGUGAAACAAAGGAGGCCUGUGUCCGCUCUGGCAUGUUGUGGCGUGGCUAUGAAGUAUCCGAAGAUGCCCUCCUAUUGUGUUUGUGCUGCCUGCUUCUAGCUGAGGAGACUGCAGUGUUUGGACCCUACCUGAGCCUGGGUGGACCCUCUGGAGCCCCGCUGCGCAUCCUCUUCCUGUUCUGCGUCCUGCUGUUGAGUCUCUGGGUGUUCCUGCUGCUCUGCCUGCUGGCUUACUUCCCACAGUUUCCUACUCAGCUUUUGGGAGGUGCCCUGGGUUGUUUGAGCUGGAGAGCGCUGUAUCAGGGCUGGUACCGACUUGGACCUAGUUGGUACUGCCCUGGGAGGCCAGGGGUGGGACUUUUGUCUACACAGAGCGAACAGAAAGAGACAUCGGAGUCAGUGUGUGAAAGUAAUGCAAAAGAGAUCAACUAGAGAAGGCUUGAGCAAUUCACUUGGUAGAAUUUGGACUAACUACACAUAGUGGUGCUGCAGUAUACCUGUGAAAACUGCAGAAUAUCCAGCCAAAUCUCUACCAAUAAAAGAUGAAUGUAUAUUUGAUAAAUUAUUUAUCAAAAUUGCUGGUCUUUAUAUAUUUUAUUAAUGUGUGCUUACUAAAUCCUCACUCAAAUUGAAUAACAUGGUCAAGAAGGUACUUCACCUAAAAAUGUCCUUCAAAGCUGUAUGACUGUUUUUUGGAUUUUACCGACUUUCUAAAUAUCUUCUUUUGUGUUCCACAGAGGAAAGAAUGUUAUACAGGUUUGGAACAACAUGUGGUUGAGUAAAUGGUGACAGAAUUUCCA